GCCUUCUCUUCGUUAAGUUAAUUUCAUAAUUAUUCAAUAUAAUUAUAUAUUAAAACAGGACAUGUGCUGUAAUCCUCUAUCCAAUCUUGUUUUAAAUAGCUCAGAACAGGUAGGAACAUCAUGCACAUCCUAAGUAUUUUGAUGAUGUUUCCUCAUGUUUCUAGCAUGUCUAUGUUUCUCAUAACUACCCUUGUUAUUAUCAUCAUCUCGACCGUAAUGGCAAGACCCUCUUUCUCUACUUCCAAAUCUUCAUCAUCUCCAGAUUUAGAUUCUUCCUAUAAGGUGAAAUCCAAGAGCUUUCUACCAAAGUUAUAUGGAGAUUACGGGUUUUGGAACCCUAGCCCGGUUUAUGGAGGCGGUUUUCCUUAUCCUGGCCCAGUUCCUCAUGGCAGUGUAGGUUCGAAACAGAGACAUAAGGAGCCAAAAUGAGGCCAGAAGCUAUGUUGCAUAUGUUCUUCAACAAAGUUACCUGUGGGUAACCGCGUUUGGUAUAUUGGGGUUCUAUGAAAAAGGUAAACCAUGUAUGUGUAAAUGUAAUCUUAAAAAGUGUCAUUACUCAAAAUCAGGGACGGACGUAGAGAGCACUUAGGUGUGGCACUUGCCCCAUACUAAAUUUUGUAAUUUCUUCAGUAAUUAGCUUACAAUUUAUCUAAUCAACACAAUAAUGGCACAAGGUUCUCUCCAAAGCAUGACACAUCAGAUUUUAAAAUGCUUAUGAGACUGCCAUGUCAAUAAAUGAAAAAACUGUGAAAACCAAUUGAAACAUUUUGUCUCUCCAUGUCACUUUUGUUUGUGCUUUACCUUUUCUUCUUCGUUUCUAUCAUCACUUUCACUUGUCAAAGAUUUGAUCAGAUGGGUUCUUUGCUCUCUCUUUUCCUCUUUCGAUUUGAUCGAUCUCUCUCUUCCUCUUUCGCUUUGAAAUCGAACGAGGAUGGGGAAGAAGACAACAAAGAAGGCAAAGGCUGAAGAACUUCAGACCCAAUCAGGGAUCUUCACCACUCUCUUCUCCGGUGAGGUGGCUGAGGCCGGCGAAAGUUCUGGUUUUUCAAGUCUCUUCUCCGUUAACAACCCUUUCCGGCGAAAGAAGCCUAUGCCAGAAACCAACGAACCUAAUAUUAUUACUCAUUGCAUGUCUCUCUCAAUAUGAAUAUGAUGGUUCUGUUUGCUGCUAAUUAAUAUUAUUGUUUGGAUUUGUAUUGGUUUGACGCCAUCGUACGUUGAUGCUUCUCUGCAAAUUUGUUUUUAGGAAAUAAUAUUGUUUCUUAAUAGGUUCUCAUUGUUGGGUAGUUGUUAUUUGCCAAACAAAUGAUUAGAAUGAAAUAGUAUUGGUUUGACGUACACUAAAUUUUCUUUGAUCAAUUCUUUAAUGUCUUCUCUUCCUUCUAAACAAUGUAUAUAGAUUCGUUGUUCAGUAAAAUAGUAUAUAAACCAAUGAAAUACAAUUCACAUGAAUUCCUAGAGAAAAACUUUGAUCAAAAAAAAAAAAAGAAUUCC